CCACCCCCUGUACCUGUGCAAUGCCAGUGAUGACGACAAUCUGGAGCCUGGAUUCAUCAGCAUCGUCAAGCUGGAGAGUCCUCGACGGGCCCCCCGCCCCUGCCUGUCACUGGCCAGCAAGGCCCGGAUGGCGGGUGAGCGAGGAGCCAGUGCUGUUCUCUUUGACAUCACUGAGGAUCGAGCUGCUGCUGAGCAGCUGCAGCAGCCGCUGGGGCUGACCUGGCCAGUGGUGUUGAUCUGGGGUAAUGACGCUGAGAAGCUGAUGGAGUUUGUGUACAAGAACCAAAAGGCCCAUGUGAGGAUCGAGCUGAAGGAGCCCCCAGCCUGGCCAGAUUAUGAUGUGUGGAUCCUUCUGACAGUGGUGGGCACUAUCUUUGUGAUCAUCCUGGCUUCGGUGCUGCGCAUCCGGUGCCGCCCCCGCCACAGCAGGCCGGAUCCACUUCAGCAGAGAACAGCCUGGGCCAUCAGCCAGCUGGCCACCAGGAGGUACCAGGCCAGCUGCAGACAGGCCCGGGGUGAGUGGCCAGACUCAGGGAGCAGCUGCAGCUCAGCUCCUGUGUGUGCCAUCUGUCUGGAGGAGUUCUCUGAGGGGCAGGAGCUACGGAUCAUUUCCUGCCUCCAUGAGUUCCAUCGUAACUGCGUGGACCCGUGGUUACAUCAGCAUCGGACUUGCCCCCUCUGCAUGUUCAACAUCAUAGAGGGAGAUUCAUUUUCCCAGUCCCUGGGACCCUCUCGAUCUUACCAAGAGCCAGGUCGAAGACUCCACCUCAUUCACCAGCAUCCUGGCCAUGCCCACUACCACCUCCCUGCUGCCUACCUGUUGGGCCCUUCCCAGAGUGCAGUGGCUCGGCCCCCACGACCUGGUCCCUUCCUGCCAUCCCAGGAGCCAGGCAUGGGCCCUCGGCAUCACCGCCUCCCCAGAGCUGCACAUCCCUGGGCUCCAGGAGAGCAGCAGCGCCUGACAGGGGCCCAGCACCCCUAUGCACAAGGCUGGGGACUGAGCCACCUCCAAUCCACCUCACAGCACCCUGCUGCUCGCCCAGUGCCCCUACGCCGGGCCAGGCCCCCUGACAGCAGUGGAUCUGGAGAAAGCUAUUGCACAGAACGCAGUGGGUACCUGGCAGAUGGGCCAGCCAGUGACUCCAGCUCAGGGCCUUGUCAUGGCUCUUCUAGUGACUCCGUGGUCAACUGCACGGACAUCAGCCUACAGGGUGUCCAUGGAAGCAGUUCUACUUUCUGCAGCUCCCUAAGCAGUGACUUCGACUCCCUAGUGUACUGCAGCCCUGAAGGGGAUCCCCAGCGAGUGGACAUGCACCCUAGCGUGACCUCUCGGCCUCGUUCCUUCGAUUCGGUGGUACCCACAGGGGAAACCCAGGUUUCCAGCCAUGUCCAGUACCACCGCCACCGGCACCACCACUACAAAAAGCGGUUCCAGUGGCAUGGCAGGAAGCCUGGCCCAGAAACUGGGGUCCCCCCAUCCAGGCCUCCUAUUCCUCGGACACAGCCCCAGCCAGAGCCAGCUUCUGAUCAGCAUGUCACCAGAUCCAACUCAGCAGCCCCUUCGGGGCGGCUCUGUAACCCACAGCGCCCCAGGGCCCUCCCUGAGCCAGCCCCUGGCCUAGUUGAAGCCUCCAGCAUGUGCCUCAAUACCAGCAGUCUUUUCAACUUGCAAAAAUCCAGCCUGUCUGCCCGACACCCACAGAGGAAAAGGCGGGGGUGUCCCUCCGAGCCCACCCCUGGCUCUCGGCCCCAGGAUGCAACUGUGCACCCAGCUUGCCAGAUUGUUCCCCAUUUCACCCCCAGCGUGGCAUAUUCUUGGUCCCCAGAGGCACACCCCUUGAUCUUUGGACCUCCAGGCCUGGACAGGAGGCUCAUACCAGAAACUCCAGGCCCCUAUUACUCAAAUUCACAGCCAGUGUGGUUGUGUCUGACUCCUCGCCGUUCCCCGGAACCACAUCCACCUGGGGAGGGGCCUUCUGAAUGGAGUUCUGACACCGCAGAGGGCAGGCCAUGCCCUCAUCCACACUGCCAGGUGCUGUCGGCCCAGCCUGGCUCAGAGGAGGAACUUGAGGAGCUGUGUGAACAGGCUGUGUGAGAUGCUCAGGCCUAGCUCCAACCACGAGUGCGCUCCAGAUGCGUUUGGGCCCUACCUAGCACAGAGUCCUGCUCCCAGGAGAAGAAAGGACCACAGCAAACACCAUUCUUUUUGCCAUACUUCCUAGAAGCACUGGAAGAGGACUGGUGAUGGUAGAGGGCGGGAGGGUGCUGUUUCCUGCUCCAGCUCCAGACCUUGUCUGCAGAACACAUCUGCAGUGCAGCAAAUCCAUGUCCAGCCAGGCAAACAGCUGCUGCCUGUGGCGUGUGUGCGCUGGAUCCCUUGAAGGCUGAGUUUUUGAGGGCAGAAAGCUAGCUAUGGGUAGCCAGGUGUUACAAAGGUGCUGCUCCUUCCCCGAACCCUACUUGGUCUCCUCACCCCAGGCCUCAUGUUCAUAUCAGCCAGUGGGUUCAGCAGAACUCAUGACACCUUAUCACCUCCCUCCUCAGGUGAACUCUGCACACCAGCUUUGGCCCCUCCACAGUAAGGCUGCUACAUCAUGGGCAACCCUGGUUCUAUCAUUUUCCUUUUUGCCAAAAGGACCAGGACCAUAGGUGAGCCCUGAGCACUAAAAGGAGGGGUCCCUGAAACUUUCCCACUAUAGCGUGGAGUUCUGUCCCUGAGGUGGGUAUAGCAGCCUUGGUUCCUCUGGGGGUUGAGAGUAAGAACAGUGGGGAGGGGAAAACUCCUCCUUGAAGAUUUCCUGUCUCAGAGUCCCAGAGCAGGUGGAAAGGAGGAAUUUCUGCUGGACUUCCUCUGGGCAGAGGAAGGAUGGAAUGAAGGUAGAAAAGGCAGAAUUACACCUGAGCGGGGACAACAAAGAGUUCUUCUCUGGGAGAAGUUUUGUCUCAGAGCAAGGAUGGAGAAUGGGGACAACAAAGGAAAAGUAAAGUAUGACCCUUGGGUUUGGACAGCCCAGAGGCCCAGCUCCCCAGUAUAAGCCAUAUAGGCCAGAGACCCACAGGAGAGUGGAUUAGAGCACAAGUCUGGCCUAGGCCACUUACACUGAGUGGACAAGAGCUGAGGGGCCUCCUCAGGGUGACAUUCACCCCAGGGCAGCCUGACCACUGUUGGACCCUCAGGCAUUAUCCCAUUUGGAAUGUGAAUAUGGGGGCAAAGUGGGCACAGGACCCCACCUGGGAACCUUCUUCCCUCAGUCAGUGGGGAGACUAGCACCUAGGCACCCACAUGGGUAUUUAUAUCUGAACCAGACAGACGCUUGAAUCAGGCACUAUGUUGAGAAAUGUAUUUAUUUGCUAAUAUAUUUAUCCACAAA